GUGGUCACGUGACCGUGGGUGGGGUAUCAUCAAAAUCUCUCUCAAAAGCCCUAACACCCCAAAUUGCUGACAGUGGCGGGAAAUCAAGAGCCAUUUUGAGAGGGAAAAUCGAAGGCGAGAACAGAAAAAAAAGCUUUAAUCUUUUCCUGCGGUUUCCGUUUCGCCGGAUCCGAUCGUUUCCCAUCGGAGAAGGAUAUGGCAGAAAUCGAAACACUAGGUAUUCUCGACGAGAUUCAGUCCAUCGUCUCCGACAAACUUCAAGUGGUUUCCUACAAAUGGCUGAGUCGAAACUUUCUGGUUUCCUCCAAUACUGCAAAGAGGCUGCUACAAGAGUUUGUUGAAAAAUAUGGUGAUGGAUUGGAAGUGAUUUACUCUUUAUCUGGAUGGAUCAAGAACAACCCUUCAACUUACCAUAUAAGGCUUGUGUCCAAGCAUAAGCUUUCAGAUGCGAAGCAAGAAUUUGAUGGAGACUGCUCCGUUCAAGUUUACAGCAUACAAGCAUGCCUUCCGAAGGAUCCCGCAACCCUUUGGAAUCAUGAGUUUGUCCAAGCUGAAUAUCUCUUUAAGCAGCCACCGACACUUGACAACUGUUUGCUUGAUAACAGGUUUUGUGGAGUUUCAAGCUCAUUUAUUAAGCGAAUUGGUGGCGAAGCACCUCUGGGCACUGCUCAUCAAACCAUGGCAAUUCCACAGCUUCCGGCAAAAAAAGUUCAGCAGUCGAGUCCCAAUGCUGGGAUUGACUUUACAAGAGCUGUAAAAACCGAGAGUCAUGUAAAGGUAGAUCGUGACCCGGGAGUAAAACUUGCUGCAGGUAAAGAAAAAGUACCGCUGAUUCUCCCUAACAAGAAGGGCCAAAGUGAUAAAAGCUCUUCCGGAAAUGGAAGUGCAUUAGCUAGCAUGUGGGGUCGUGCAUCCACAAAGCCUAAGCCUGAAACUCCCUUGGCACAAGCCAACAACUCCAAACAGAACACUCCGGUUCUGGAAUCAGCUAGCGCAGAAGCUCAAAUUUGUGCUCGGGAAUCAGUGGAUUACGGGAGCAGUGAAGAAGAUGGCGAAGAUUUCAAUGUAAAGAGAACUUCGAAUGGUGAAGGUGGUAGAAAGAGGAGAGUUGUAUUUGAUUACUCGGAUGAUGAAGAUGAAUACAGAGAUGCGGUAAGUCUAUCUUCGCCUGAUCCUCCAAAAAAAUCCAGUCUUUGCAACUCAAGUUUUGAGGAGAAGGAAAAUGAACCGAAGAUUAAUGAAGUUAAGCAAGAGGAUGUUGAAAAAGUUUCAGCGAUGAACAAAGGCAAGAAGAAUGAAUCUCCCACUUUAGAUAAGCCGCAAAGUCCUGUUCUUGAGAUCGAUGCUAGUGUGAAAGGUAAAGUGACGGAUGCUGUGCCUAAAAGAAGAAAAGUGUUUAAAACGCGGACUGACGAGCGUGGUAGAGAAGUUACCGAGGUUGUUUGGGAGGGUGAGGAGCCAGAUGCGAAACGUGAUAGUAAUUCAGCGAAAACUGCUGAAAAUAAAACGGCAAAAUCUGAAAGUAUAUCAGCAAAAACUGCUGAAAACGAUCUGGUGAAAUCUGAAAGUAAUUCAGGGAAAACUGCUGAAAGCAAUCCAGUAGUGAAGAAUGCUACGAGCAGGGCACCGGUGGCUAAGAAGUCACCUGCAGUAGGAAACACAGCUGCAGCUAAUAAAGGAGGGAGAGGUGGAAAUAAGAAGGCAGUAAAUAAGGAUCCUAAGCAAGGAAAUAUCCUCUCGUUUUUCAAGAAGAGCUGAUGAAAUGAAUGAUUCACUGCAUGCGCUUACGUACCCUAUUUGAUUUUCUGUAAGUACGAUUUCUAAUUUUUUUUUUCUUCUAAUUUUCAUUACUAGAGUAGGCCUUCUCGUUUAUGGUUGAAUUCGAAGCUUGUAGAGACUGUUUUCUUGAAAUAUAUUUUGCUUAUCUCAUUUUGAAGUCUAUAAUAUUAUGUAGCUUUUA